UCCCACACGUCCUAAAGAGCUCAAUUUAGAAGCCAUAUGAUGCCAGGGGAAACGAUGUCGAAGCAAGUUGCCGGUGCAGCCAGCCCUGACCCGAGGAGCGCAGGAAGCGGGAAAGCCAUGAUGGGCAACGGGGCCGGAGCCAGCUGGGCCGCCGUGCCCGAGAAGAAGAAGCUGUCCGUGCUGAUCGUGGACGACGACUCGACGAUCCGCACCAUCCACACCAUCUUGGUGAACCGUGUGGGCGUGGAAGUGGAACCCAAGGUGGCUGAGAACGGGCAGGUGGCUGUGGAUCUGUUCCGCACCGGUGAAUCCUUUGAUCUCGUCCUCAUGGACUGGGAGAUGCCCGUGAUGAACGGGAUCGAGGCGACGAGGGAGCUGCGGAAGAUGGGAGUCGGGGCCAUGAUCGUGGGGGUGACCUCACAUUCCAUGGACACCGAGAAGGAAACUUUCAUGGCAGCUGGUCUGGAUGACUGCUAUGGGAAGCCAUUGUCGAUUAAGAUCCUCAAGAACAUCCUCGAGAAGAUGAAGAUCGACGACUGAGUUCUUGAGCGUGGGUGGGAAGAAUCUGACUUUACUCUUCAUAUCGUGCGAGUGCUGCUGGGCUUUUAUGUAUGAGGCCGGUCGAUCCAGCUAAAUAAUGAAACUCAAU